UGUGCUGUGACAGAUUUCCUAACCUGAAUAAUCGUUAACGACUAAUAUCUCGUUAUCUCAGUUCACGGGACAGAGUGACGCUUUUCUCGAUCAAAUCCGUUCGUUUCGGACAUAAACGCGUCGAAUGAGUCGUAAUUCCAUCGAUUUUUGAAGUGACGUGCUAAUCUGAACAAUUAAUGAACAAUUACCGAUAUCAAUAGACAAAGUUAAUUUGCGAGGAUGUAAUAAACUUAUAAAAGAGAGGACGCGUAAAAUUAAAGAUAUACGAUCAAAUACAUAAAAAUGUGACUUUGAUCAAUGCGUGAGCAAGUCGAUAAGCUUCUCAAUUUAGUUUUCUGUUUUUGUAGUCGAACAAAGUGUGUUCUUCAAGUUUUUCAAAAAUGGAUUUGCGUAAUGAUAUUAAGAAGGCAACGGCACUUCCUGUCUUAGACAGCAAUGCCAAGUUCUAUCUAUUGCAAGAACUAAGUCAGGCUGCGAAAGAUAAAAAAAUGAAUGAAAGGCCAGUGAAGAAACCACGAAAUCUACAUUUACUAGAAGGCUUUGGUUCAUCAGAGAGUGAUAACAUGGAUGUAAAUAUAUGUAGUAGAGUAAAACCUACUUUCGACAAACAUGGAAUUUCUGUUGCCGUUAAAGAGGUAAAUGGUGGACGUGAUCUUUCAAAUAAACAUUGGGAAGAAAGUUUCUUAAGAAAUCUUAAAGAGAUGCAAUGCGAGAAAGACAUAUCUCAAAAUUCUUCCAAAUAUGAUAAUAUAAAAGUAAAUCAACCUAGAGCUAAUAAUUUAAACGAUAAAUGUAUUAAACAGAAAGAUAAAUUAUAUAGAAAUGCUGCAAUCAUGGGUCUUUUGAAAACCAAUAAGAUUUCACUACAGGAUUUAAUUAUGAAUGAAAACCCAAUAAGGAAAAAAGACGAACUAGAAACGAUGCAUGAAAACGCAUUCAAUGGAUGUACGGACAGUGAUAAAUGCCAUGUGGAAUCAGUUCCUCUUCAUGAAGAUCCUGAUAUCUGUGUUCACCCUUUACAAAUGGGAAUAGAUGAAAAACAAUAUAAAAAUAUAGAUUUUUCUAUACCACGAAUUGGUAAGAAGAUAAAAGUGACACCACAAGAGCAUUUUCUUGGAGCGACUGAUGACGCUUCCUUUAAUUUUGUAAAGAAGAAAGACAACAGUAUAUAAUCUAUUAUUAUUU